UUCGUUAUCUCUGUCGGCUGAACAUGGACUUCAAACCCCGCCGUCGCCUGCUCCACCAGGGGUCAAAGUUCACAGAAACAACCUUCUGUUUUUUUUCUUUUUUCUUUCUUCUGCUUGAAUUCAUCGUUUACUACGAAAAGGAUAAUUGACCAGGUGGGACUUGAUUGUUCGCCGAACCGUCGUCGAGGUUGCUAGCUCAAAACCCACUUUGUGCUUAUGGACUCCCAGUAAAAUACCAGAUAAGACAGUGAUGCUCUUGGAUGGCUUACCGACAAAUUUGAUGGAUUAACGUUUUGAGCAAGAGCUUUCAAAACUUUUUUUUUUCCCCCCACGUUGACAGAAUCCCAUCGACUCUCAGAAAUGUCCAAGACAUUUAGCGUGUCAGCCGACGAGCUUGAGAGCACCAUCUCCCCGCAGCCGGGAGGCAGACGGUGUAGUCUUUCCCCCGAUGGUCCCUGCGGGUGCCUGUCAGCCGAUUCCAAGAGUAUUAAUCCCGUGAAUGAGGGAGGAGCCAGCAGAUCACCUGACACCACCGAGGACUGCUGCUUCUUCGGAGGUUCCUCUGAGGUUAACAGUCACAGUGAUGCCGGUAAUCACCUUCAUGUUGCGUCUAGCAUGAACCAGGCCUUUGUUUUCACACCUGUAAAUGAAAGCCAAGUCAAACCAGGCAGGACCCUCUGCAGAGGACCCGAUGAGAUGGACAACUGCUCUCUGAGCUCUGGGGAAAUGGUCAUGAGAAGCAAAAGUUUCUGCCUGCAGGACCAGUCGCUCAUUGUUUUCUCUUCGUUGGAUGGCUCGUCUCUCUCUCCAGCUCAAAGUGGCGCAUCAUUUCCCGCUGUUUCCCCCCUGCAGUCCACAAGUCUGCCAAAAGUCUACGCAGACUCCCAGGCAGGAGUGUCUGAGGAGAGUUCCGGUUAUCCGUGUCUCGGUGUCACCUUCAUACAAGGAGAUGACACGGUUCCUCAAACUUCAGAAAACAUCGGAAGCUUUCUUCUUACUCUUCCAAGUGAGGAAGCAGGAGAUCUUUUCACGACUUUUAUCUGUGAAACACCGACAGAUGUCCUGAGAGACGGCAAUUCGUCUUGUGCGGAAGGAGAACCGCUGCCUAACGUUUCCCUAGGAACGACACCAGAACUGUGCAAGACCUUUGUGUCGUCUGCAUCCGUUUCACAAGGCCGUGGCGGCAUUUAUACAUCCACUCCAAAUCAAAACAUCGGAAACAAGAUCUUUAGCCACCCUUCUCUGUCUCCCUGCACGGAAAAAACGAGCAGCCCAGAAAUUCCACCUGUAAAACGGCCUCAAGUCUCCGUCACUCCUCGCCAGCGGCCGGCCACGGGAGUGACGCCGUCCCUCAUUAGGGUCAAGACGAUGGAAGUAAAAGCCAAAGCCCUGAAAAAACAACAGAACAUCCAACAGAAGCAGCUCCCACACAGUUUUCUGAGUGAAGUAAACGGGAGAGCAGCGGCUGGACUUAACCGCACUAAAGUGAAGAAUACGGGGAGAGUCAUGUCUGCCACCUCUAAAACCCAGAAUGAGGCUCCCAGUCAAGUCAACCCAGGAUUUGGACAUUCUGGAGCAGCUGUUAGACAAUCCUGUAAGCGGAAAGCUGUGGAUGUACAGAACAAAAACAGACCAGGUGGGCCCAACCCGACAUCAAGUGACAGCGCCUCAGCAGUCCAGGGCAGUGAUGGAUCAACUCAGUCUGCCUCAGCACCCGGUCCUCCAGCCCUCCCUGGCAGUCCAACCGCUGUCGCAUCGUCCAAAAAAACCCCAUCAAGCCCCCAUACGGCUGCUAGAACCCCCCCACUGAGGGAUGUGCCCAACAAGUCUCCGGUCAGGUCCGGUUCAACUGAAGGUCGGGACAAAGCCCCGGGCAAAAACACCUGGCCUCGCUCUUUGUCUGAGAGUUCCCCCUGGAGGCCACAGCGCAAUACGGUCGCCACUCUGAGGGUCACGACAAGCGUUGCUCUCCCAGACAGUGAGGUGUCGCAACUCCUCCUCAAUGACCCCAACUCCCCCCAACAUAAAGAGACGGAGGACAAGAGCUUCUCAAGAGAAGUGAAGAGGAUCAGCUUGGUGAAAGGACAAAGCAAAUCGACACCUGCUGGAGCCCCGCUGGAUCCAAAAAAAGCUUCAUCUCACUCUGCACCUUCUUCUGGUCGAGGAAGAGGAGCAUCUUUUUCCCAACCUACCCCUCCCAGUCCAAGUCAAAGACAGAAUCCUCUAUCAGUCAGGCUGAAAGCAGUCAUACAGGGGAGGACGGAGGGUAAAACCUCCAGAAGUUCACCACUAAUCCAACUAAAGGACAACUCUGGCAGUCAGAAAGCUCAGGCAGCAGAAGGGUCACUUCCUGGCUUGAAGGCAAAGCUGAACGGGUCCCUGACUCCUCAGACCCCAAACAGCCCCUCUGUUAUGGGCCCCCCAUCCAUUCCCAUCUACCGACCCACACGCAGAACCCCGGGAUCAUUGAAGGGCUGCGCUGAGCUGGGGCAGCGAGCCCGGAGCACACCAGUUGGAAGAGCCGUUUCUGAACCAUCUCCAUUUAAAUCUAGUGUGGUAAAAGACCGACUCCUCUCAGCGCAUGGAGAAAGCAGCGGACUAAUUCCAACAGGAGUUUUGAAGUCUCCUGCUUCCACCAACAAAACCUCCGAUUCUGGAAUCAGUCCUUUGAAAAGGAACAAUGUGUCUCGGUUCGUUCGACCAGCUCCAAGUGAAUGUGUGGACAAGAACAAAACCAAGGUCGGCUCCCGCCGCCCUCAGCUGCAGCCAUCGCCACCAAACGCGAGGACCGGACCUCAGAGCGUCCCGCAAGCCGGCGUCCGCCAGAGCAAACAGAACAACGAGAGCAUCCGUCCUCCUAAACAACUCCUCACAGCCAGUAACCAAAGGUUCCAAGCACUGGUCGUCGUCCUACAGAAAACCUUAGCUGAGCGAGAUGAAGCGAGCCGGCAGUGCAGGGAGCUCCUCCAGGAGCAGCUCCACCUUCGACAGGAGCUGGUCGGUUCUGUGGCCUCAUGUGACCGCCUGGAGAAGGAGAAGGAGGAGCUGCGUGCCGGCCUGGAGGACGCCCUGCACAAACUGCAGAACCAGCACCAGAAGGAGCUGCUGGAGCUGGAGCAGAAGCUGCAGGCCUUUUACCAGGCAGAGCGGGACGACGUCCACCUCCGCCACCAGGAGGAGGCCGCCAAGCAUCGGACGCUCGCGCAGCAGCAGAUUGACGAGCUGAGAGCCCAUCAUGAAGCUGUGAAGCUGGAGCUGGAGAGCGCGCACGUGCAGCAGCUGCAGGCCGUUCGACAGCAGCAGGAGAAGACGCUAGAAGAGCUCAGGAAGACACACAGCCAGGAGCUGCAGACUCUGGACAAGUCCUUCAAAGAUGCUGAAGUUGCUCUGUUUAAACAGGUUCAGGAGCUGACGGAGGAGAAAGCUCUGCUCACCAAGAAGCUGGAGGUGGAGCAGCAGAGGAGGAGAGAGCUGGCUGAAACCAGUCAGAAGGACUCGCACAUCCUGUAUCUGGAGCAGGAGCUGGAGAGCCUCAAAGUUGUCCUGGAUAUGAAAACCGAGCAGCUCCACCAGCAGGAGAAAAAACUGGUGGACUUUGAAAAGCUGACGGAGAGAAACGUCAAGCUGGACGAGAGCCUAAAGAAGGCCCAGCAGGAGAACGAAGACCUGAAGGCUCGAAUGGAAAGACAUGCUGCUCUGUCUCGGCAGCUGUCCACGGAGCAGGCCGUCCUGCAGGAGUCGCUGUCCAAGGAGUCCAAGGUGAACAAGCGCCUGUCCAUGGAGAAGGAGGAGCUGCUCUGGAAGCUGCACAACGGGGACCCCAGCAGCCCCCGCAGGACGUCCCCCUCCUCGCCGCCCGGCUCCUUCUGCCUUCAGUCGCCUCGCAACUCGGGCCUCUUCUCCAGCCCCCCCCUCUCCCCCAGAUAGCGGGCGGCGGUCCACGGAGCCUUAAAGGUCAAAUAAACUGACACCUUUGUCCACUGUGGAAAAAUGUUGCACAGAAGCACUUGAUUUUUGCCUUUGAGGUAUUGUUCAGCGAUUUUUCUACGAAACUCUAUUUUGUUAUGUAGAUGUGUUCAGAGGUUUGCGUGUCCCGAUGCUCGGAACACGUGCACACGCACGCACAUGCAUGUGUUCUGGUGGGUUCCCCUGCGUCCUGCAGACGUCGGCGCGGUUCAGGCUGUUUUUUUUUCAUUCUAAAAACCUGAAGAAUGUUUGGAUUUCAGGAACAUUUGUCACAGGAAUAACAGACAUUUUUAUCACCACGCUCAUCCACACGUUCAGAAUUUCUUUGUUUUUUUCUUUUAAAGGUUGGGCCUCAAACAUUUCACUUCCCUAUUUAUUCCUCUGACAAAGGGACCAGUUUGCUCUGUGCUCGUGUCUCACCUGUGACUUUCAGCUCCACGACUUUAGGCUCAGGAACCAGGUUUGUGUACGUCAGGGGCGUCACCUGAGAGAACCUCGUUUUGAUGUACCAACCCUGUUUGAAAUAUGCAAUCAAUAAAGUCUUGUAUAAAAUCUGCUGUUUAGUUGGUGUAAUAAAUAAAAAAAUCAAAACCGGU